GAGCCCGUGUCGAAGAGGAAGUGACGUAGUUUGACAGUAUGCGCGGCGGCGGCGCUGCUGAUUGGUGCCUGGGCGGGUGUGUUUGUGUUGUAGAACCCGGAAGUAGCCGUGCUGGCCAUGGCGGUCUGUGUGAGGGAUCCGUGCGGGGUGCUGUGUGUGCUGCUCACCUACCUGAGCCUCGGAUACGCCGACUAUGUCAUUAUCCGACACGUCCUGAUGCAUAACUACUAUGAGAGCAUCUGGUGUCCACUUCACGCUGUUGGUUUCAACCUGGUGGUGUUUAUGCUGCUGCUCUGCCACACGAGGGCGCUCUUCUCUGACCCAGGCACCGUGCCCCUACCAGAAACCGCCAUAGACUUCUCCGACCUACGCUCCGGCACCCCCCGCAAGAACGACAUGGGCAACGAGGAUUGGACGGUGUGUAAUCGAUGUGAAACGUACCGCCCCCCAAGAGCCCAUCACUGUCGUAUCUGCCACCGGUGCAUCAGACGUAUGGACCACCAUUGCCCCUGGAUAAACAACUGCGUGGGGGAAAUGAACCAGAAAUACUUCAUCCAGUUCCUCUUUUACACUGCUCUCACCAGCCUUUACGCCAUGGUUCUUGUAGUCACCUCCUGGUUUUGGCCCCCCAAGAAAUUCUCUGUGGAUGAUCCAGACAAAGGACUCCCCGCCCACAGCAACGUGCAGAUAGCUCACUAUAUCCUACUGCUGGUGGAGUCGCUUCUGUUCGGGCUCUUUGUUACAGUUAUAUUCUACGAUCAGAUUGUCUCCAUCAUCAAUGACGAAACGCCCAUUGAGCAGUUAAGGAAGCGAUUGCUGAAGGAAUCCCGCCGGGAGGUCGCGCACACUCGCAAGCCCAAGAUGGCGCUGCUCAGGGAGGUAUUCGGCAGAGGUCACAUGAUCUGCUGGAUGUUCCCGUGUAACUGCGCCCCUGCUGCUGGGGGCCCGGCUUACAGCCACCUACCUGACUACGAUGUGUGACCAUGGCCGAAGCUCUAGACUCUAAACACGAGGGGGCCCUCCUGCGUUGCACCCCGAGUCCUGUGUUAGUUCUGCGUGUCCCUGGUUUAACCCUUGAGUGUUGGUGAGUUACUAUGAUCACGGGGAUAUUCCCAGCCUUUUACACUGGAUCCUUCUCUGCACAGACUACUGCUUAUUUAUAAUGUACUGAGUCUUUUUGUAAGGGAGGGCGGUCCUUCUGCAGGACGGACAGGAUCUGACUCCGCCUUCUCUGUCCAACCACUACCAGCGCAUCUCCCGGACGCCGUUACAGUCAUUGUCAAAAUCCCGCCUCCUCCAGCAUUUUGCUGUCUGCUGAUUGGCUGAGAGAUCCCGAGAGGUCACCUUAUUCGUGCCGAGUCCCGUUGUCGUUUUUGUUUUUUUGUGUAUUUUUGCAGUUUGUUUUUAUGCGCCAGAGAGCUUUGUUCUGGUAAACUUGUCCUUUACAUGAUCUGUCCCUGGUGGAUAUUGUUACUGGUCGUUGUGAGCGUUUCUCGUGUCCUGAUAUUUUCCACCAGGAAUAAAUGAGGGAAAACGAGGAAUAAAUCUUUGGGAACUGUAGGGCCUGACAGUCUCCUGUAUAAAGGGGGGGAUCACCUUUCAGUUAACUCUUAGUCUUCAGUAUAUUAUAGAAUGGACAUUUCUCAGCAACUUUUCAAUUGGUUUUUAUUAUUUAUUAUGAUAAAUUAUAUAUU